CUCCCUCAAGGCUUUUCUUCUUUUGUUUGACGGAUGAGAUGGAGAUCGACUUCAAAGGCAAGAGAGCUCUUGUCACAGGAGCUGGCAAAGGUAUUGGAAGGUGUAUAGCAAAGUCAUUGGCUAGGUGUGGGGCUGAGGUCAUAGCUUUGACAAGAACGCAGUCAGACUUGGACACACUUGUAGCCGAGGUUCCUUCUAUUCAUCCUCUGUGCUUGGAUGUGAGCAAGACUGAAGAUGUUAGGAAAGCCAUUGAAAAGCUCGGUGAUAUACACCUUUUAGUUAACAAUGCUGGGGUUUCCAAACUAGAUGCAUUUUUGGAUAUAGAACCAGAGGACUUUGACAAGCUUUUUGGAAUCAAUGUCAAAGCUGCUCUUUUUGUUGCUCAGGCUGUAGCUAAGAAGAUGGUUGCAAAAGGCAGUGGUGGCGCAAUUGUCAAUGUUUCAAGCCAGGCAUCCCAAUCGGCUCUUCAAGAUCACACUUUAUACUGUUCAUCAAAAGCGGCAUUGGAUAUGCUUACUAAAAUGAUGGCAUUUGAACUGGGGAAGCACAAGAUAAGAGUAAAUGCUGUAAACCCUACGGCAGUAAUGACUGACAUGGGACGCCUUGCCUGGUCAGAUGAAGCCAAAGCCGGUCCUCUGCUUAAUAGAAUACCACUGGGAAGGUUUGCAGAAGAGGAAGAGGUUGUGAAUGCCAUACUGUUCCUGCUGAGUGACAAAGCUUCCAUGAUCAGUGGUGCCUUGUUGCCUGUUGAUGGAGGGCUUCUUACCUGUUGAUCACCAACAUUCUAUAUUAUUAUAUAGUUAGGAUAGUACGCGUGCACUGUUUGGUUGAAAAACUGUGCUUUAGUAGUGAACGGAGCACAGUGCAGAUGCCAUCUGCUGCGCACACAAAGUGCUGCUAGAUCCUGCGACUGUCUUUCUUUUUGCGUAAAUAAAUUCAAUACCAAAAUAAAAUUAGUGACUAUAUAAUAAAACGAAUAAAACAGCUUUUUCCAAGGUCCAUUCAUUCAGCAAUAAAGCACUUAGGAAGUGCCGUAAGCACUCAAGAAAUGUCAGGAGCACUUGCCUACGGCUCGUCCUCCUUCUUACACUUCCUUCGUGCUUUAUUACUGAACCGGAGCACGGAAAUAGCUGGUUUUUUUUAUUAAAUAAUGAAACAUAAUCAAAAUAAUCGCUAGACUACAAACACUAAAAGUGUGCAACACUUUGCACUAUUUAGUAGUAAAUAGUGCUAAUUAAACAAUAGAAAACAAUAGGAUUAGCAUAAUUCAUCAGUAUUUAAUGGUAUUUAUUUUGCACACUUAUAGUGUUUGUACUCUACUUGUUACCAAACUAAUAUGAUAGCAAAUUCUUUUACUCUUGAUUUUUACAUGUUUGCGCAUGCCUGUUAAAUUGCUUCACCUCAGCAUCUUGGUAAUGAGGGACUGGUGAGGUUUCAACCCUUUUUUUUCACACCUUUCUAUUAAGAUUAGGGCACACUUUGCAACUGUUGCUCUCAAUGUUACAUGCCACCAUGAUAUUGCACCAUGUGUCUUAUUCUGGCUGUUUUAAAAAUUCUUUCAUAUUAAAAUUUUUGAUUCCUUAGAGAA